AAUAGAGAUGUAUAAUCAGCUAUUACCAUGGAAUUUGAACUUAAAAACACUUGUUGAUUUUAAAACUCUUACUGACAAAUAUUUUCUUGAUAAAUUAUUAGGAUUCAUUUGGCGUCAAGUGAGGAUAAUUAUCUAUUACUUUGAAUAUACACCUGUAGCAAAUAUCAGUAACGAAAUAUUCCGUAGGCUGAAUGUAUCUACUAAAUGGUACUAUACAGGAACAUCAGAAUUGAAUAAUAUCUUGUUUUUAACUGAGGAGACUUCUAGAGUAAUCAACACAAUGGCAUCUCUUAUCCAAAUGCUUGAAACUGUUAGCGUAACAGCGAUCGAUCAUUUUUUGAAGGCUGUAAAUAAUAUUCAAAAUUCAUAUGAAGGAAUGGGGAACAAUGUUGAUAUGUCAUUAAAUAUCAAUGGAACUAAUUUUGCAAUUCAAUUGAACCAAACCUUUUUAAACAACUGUUACGAUGCUUUAAAUUAUAUCAAUAAUUAUAUUUGGAUUAUAAACAAAUCGAAAGUAUUAAACAAUAACCUGGAUACCUAUAAUCUUGAUGAAAACUGUAAAACAGACAGUUUAGACCAUGUAUUUACAGAAAAUCAAUUAUCUAGCAGUGUUUCCGCUGUGAAUAUUCCAACAGAAGACGAAGGUGACAAUACACAAUCAAAGAGAAAAAGAGAAGAUUAGUUUAAUUUCAUACUACAUCACACGCCUGUUAUGACUUUUUUAUUUGUUAUUGUUUUUAUUAUUCAACUCCCUGGGUAUAUAUUUACAUUUUUUUCCUGAUUUCAUUAAAACUAGAGAAAUAAAACUCUUAAGGUUUUUGAUUUGAUUUGUGGUGAAUUAUAUUUUUAAUAUUUUUAUUUUUUAU